AAAAAAUUAAAAAAAGAAAAAACAAAUCUGCAGUUCCGUCAGGUUUCUUCAUUCCUCUCUUGCCGUUUGUCCUCGAAAUUAGGGUUUCUCACUGUUCUUACAUAUACUGAUCCAUUAGUUAAAAGAAAACUUCAACAAUGGCAAUCUCCGGAAGGAAGAGUACUUGUGUAAAGAGGAUAGUAACCAGAAAGAAGGUUGCUGCUGUUUUUACUGACCGCUCAUCAAUGGAAGAUGAUAUUGAUUUUGAUAAACAAUUUCUUGUUAAAGAAAGCAACUUUGAUGAUGAUAAUGAGAGUAUGUGGCUAUCUUCAGUUGUUUCGUCUCCUUGCUCCCUUUUCGAAGAAGAAUAUAAAUUCUUUACUUCUUCAUUUUACUCAUCAAUGGUAGAUGAUAUUGAUUUUGAUAAACAACUCCUUGUUAAAGAAAGAAGCUUCGAUGAUGAUAAUGACUGCACGUGGCUAUCUUCAGUUGUUUCAUCUCCUUGUUCGCUUUUCAAAGAAGACUAUAUAUUUUCUACUUCUGCAUUGGAAUUUUCUGUUGAUGAUAAGAAAGUUGCUUCUGUUAUUUCUGAAAACUCAUCAAUGGAAGGUGAUAUUGAUUUUGAUGAGCGACUUCUUGUUAAAGGAAAAAGCUUUGAUGAUGAUAGUGAGUGUAUGUGGCUAUCUUCAGCUAUUUCAUCUCCCUAUUCGCUUUUUGAAGAAGACGAAAUUCUUGUUAAAGAAAGAAACUUUGAUGAUGAUAGUGAGUGGACGUGGCUAUCUUCAGCUAUUUCAUCUCCCUCUCCGCUUUUCGAAGAAGAUGAUUUUUCUACUUCUUCAUUGCAUCUCUCUGAUGAUGAUCAAUUGCUAAUUCCAUGGCUGUCAGAAUUGAAUAAUUCAAUAGAACUAAAUCCUGAGGAAGAGGCAUCUUAUUUGGCUCUCUGGAGAGAAACUUUAGAUGCAGAAAGUAUUUCCAAGGAAAAUUUGAAGGAAGAAGAUUCUCCUUCUUCAUCGUCGUCUAUGAUAUCAGAUUUAGAUGGACUGAGUUUUUCAGUUUCAUUAAUAGAUCUUGAAGGUGAAGAUUCUGAAUGGAUUUCUGAUACAGAAUUGGCAUUGCAAAAUUUUGAAUCAGGCUUUAACAAUCCUUCAACACCUCCAAGUAAUGUGAAAUAUGAACACACGCAGUAUUGUGAUAGUCCAGAGGCUGCAGAUUUUUCGGAUUUUGACAUAAAAGAGCUUCUUUUCUGGCCUUCUGAAUCCAAAAUUGAUUGGAAGUUAGAACAAACUUGGAAAUCUUUUUCCAUGUCUCCUUUCUGGUCUCCACCCAAACUAAGAACUCUUCCAGAGACCUCUUAUUAUAAAUCACUGGGAUCAAAGUAUCAGGUUAAGGAAAUGGAUGCCAAAAAGGGUUGUAGGCGAAAGCUCGAGUUCAGCUCAAGCUCGAUGACAUCAAAAUUAUGCAAUAAUAAUUGUACCAAGAAAAUGGAAUCUAAUUUGAAAUCAAAGUGCAUGGCUAGAGAAUUCUUGCAAGAUGAUAUUACAACAAAUAGAGAACUUCCAAUUGAGAUGUUAUUAGGAUUGGAAGAGUUUGAUGGGCAUGAAGGGGUUGAUUCCGAAUUCAAUGAAGAUGUUUUUUCUCUAGAUGACUCUCUAUGAAGAUCCAAUCCGACCUUUUUUUUUAUUUAGAUAUUACAUGUAAAUAAUUCAUAUGUAGCUGACGGUAACAAACAAUAUGUUUUUUGUAGGUAGUAAUGUUCAACUAACAAAAUAUGAACAAUUCAGUUU